ACUCUAUUUUAGAAGAGUAAAGCAGCGGAGAGAGUGCCCGCCAAAGCAAUCCCAUUUCUCAGAGUCUCUCUCUGUCUGUCUCUCUCUCUCACCUUCCAAGAUGAGUACCAUGAAAUUUUGCCGCGAAUGCAACAACAUUCUGUACCCUAAGGAAGAUAAGGACCAGAAGAUCCUCCUCUACGCGUGCCGCAACUGCGAUCACCAGGAGGUUGCUGAUAACAACUGUGUCUAUAGAAAUGAGAUACAUCACGCUGUUGGAGAGCGCACUCAAGUAUUACAGGAUGUGGCUGCUGAUCCAACUCUUCCUCGCACGAAAUCCGUUCGAUGUGCUCAAUGCAACCAUGGAGAAGCUGUCUUCUUCCAGGCAACUGCUAGAGGGGAAGAGGGUAUGACGCUGUUUUUCGUCUGCUGCAACCCAAACUGUGGCUAUCGGUGGAGAGAUUGAUAAUCAAACUAAGUUCUGAUGUAAUCUUGUGAGCUUUUCUUCACUAGCUUGGAAAUAGUGUAAGACUUUUGUGAUAAUAGAAUUUUCUUAAGGAGUUUAGAAGACUUUCA